AUGCCACUACAAGACAUUUCCAACGAUUCGUCAGCGAUCGACUGGUUGCGACAAACUGGUCAUGGGCAUCUGAUAGCUAAAGAUCAGCAAUUUGCGAAUAUUUCCACGUCGACAUCAUUACCGAGCUUUCCACAUACUGUUAUUAAUGAUGAACUCUAUCGCUCUUCUCAAAAUCGCUCGACAACGUAUGGUCAAGUAGUCAAUUUUAAUAAAGAAUCCUAUGACCAUCAUGAUAAUGCUCGACACUACACUUCGCUAUCUCCACCACCGCCCAUGAUCCCUAGCGGUUGUGCUAGUGCUAGUCCGUAUCACCAUUCGUACGACGGCCACUAUAAUUCACUACCAUCUUCAACGCAAUUUCAAGCACCAUACAUAAGUCAAUUUCAAACUGAUGCUGAUAUUGAACAUAUGAAAUGCGAUCCCAAUACUCGUGUUAUACAUCGUCCACCAGAAAAUGAUGUGGUCUACCGACAGCGAGUUUUUGUAAAAUAUCUACAACCGCCUACACCACCAAUAGCUGGUUCUAUUAUUGUUCGUGAAAGACAAUUACCGCAGCCACCUCCUGACCCACCUCUCGUUAUUCGACGUCCUCCACCCCCUCCACCACCAACUCCACCUCCAGUUGUUAUACGUGAACGACCACCGCCCAUUCCACCACCUGAAGGCACUACGAUUAUUAAUAAAAUUAUUCCACCUCCACCGAAGCCGCCUCGUCAAGUAAUCAUCGAGCAAUUCCCUCGGCUACCGCCCAAACCUCGAGAUGUUAUUCUAGAAAAGUGGUUGCCUGUUGCACCACGACAACGUCGCAUUUUCUAUGAACGUGCACCUCCUCCCAUAUUGCGUCCUCCACCACAACCAAUCGUUAUUCAACAUGGGCAACCGCCAGUGCGUAUUCAUCGGCAAGUUAUAGAAGCACCUGGACCGCAAUCUGUCUAUCAUCAUGCUUCGCAUCAUACGGAUGUCAACCAAGUCUUGAUGCAAGUCGAUGGUCAUCAUCACCCUCAUUCAUUUGCAGCCCCUUCAUCUCUAGUAUCAUAUAGUCCAUAUACAACAUUGGAUUCCUGCCACGGUGGUAUUGGACAUCCGUAUUCCAACGUAGCGGUUGUGAACGAUGGAUAUUCAAAUGUGUUGUCAUCAUCGUCCUAUGGACUACCAUUAUCUCACGUCUACUCACCAAAUCCAGUGAUUGGAUUAGGUGCUUACGGAAGUAGCAUAUCAAGUUUUCCAUCCAUUGGCUGCUCGGCUGGGGGACAUUCCUCUGUCUUCACUGUGCCUGAACACGUUGGUGUCGAUAGUAUUCUUCAUCAACUUGGUGUAAAUCCACAUUCACUUCAUUCAGCGUCAGGUAUUACUUGUCCAAACCCACAUAGUGCAGUUGCACAUGUGUGGAAUUCUGCUUCACAUGCAGUACAACACAAUUUAACAAGUCCAUCAUUUGCAAGUUAUCAUACUGUUGGACAUCAUCCUCAUCUACAAAUAGCAGGCCAUGAUGCUUUUCUACCGAAUCAUUAUCUUCAUUAG